UACGAGGACGCCAUUUUGGAGCCGAAAUUUGAAGUUAUGUUGUGCAGCUUUUUACAUCACAAGUCAUGUCUUCACAACUUAAUUAUAAACAUAUUUAUUGUAUUCUGUUGACCCUUUAUUAACUUUACUCGGUCAGCAUGUUGUGGAUUUUUUCAGAAUUUUACAAUUUAGUCUGUUAUUGUUUGAUUGACUUCGUAAUUUUCAUUUUUGUUGAUGUCUUUGUGAAGCUGCAAUUAAAAGAUGCAUCAAAUGAAGAGAAAAGGCGGAUCUGGUUGGUUGAGUCAGCUUGCCUGCUGGUCAUCUGUUUCCUGUGCUACUUCCAUCACAUUCCAUACCUGUUGGGUCCACUUACCGCUGUAACAUUUGCUUACACACAGCUUUGUGGACGGGUUGAUCUGAGACAGUUGUGGAACGGUGUGCAGACGCGAUGGGAUGAGUACAAGCAGCACGAAGAGAGCAUGGGACACAUUCGGGAGCAGCUGUUGCGGCAGCGGCAGGCGAACACCCUCCCUCCGCCCAAUGUGAAUUACCCCCAUUUCUACCAGCAGGUGUCGCCGGGGAGCGUCUUGCAGCCGUUGACAAAUAACAGUAACUACUCCGUAAGUCCAAAACCCAUUCACAGUAACAGUGGGUGGUUUUUCUCAUUGCCAGGUAAAUCGAUCGGUGAGCGAGGGCCAAAGAUCGAUCACCUGAUUCCCGAUCAGAGGCAGCACGAAGGCAUGUUUGUGUCUCAAAAACAUGCUCGCGGAAUGCUGGUUAGGAAUCCCGAGGAAAACUUUCAUCAAACUUUGACAAAACCCCUCGGUUUUGGCGGGGAGAGGUUAACAAGACGACCUCUCCGACAGGAAAACACUACCGCCAUCACGCACAUUUCGAAACCUCAGUCCCUGCUACCCUCUGCGUCGGUAGCAGCCUCGUCGAAACCGUCGAUAAAGACCAAGUUCAUGACCGCCUUCGGCAUGAACGCCCCGACGAACCUGCCUCCAGGUCUGCGGAACAACGGCAUGAAUCUGUGCUUCAUGAACGCGGUCCUCCAGUCCUUGGCCAGGACUCCCCACCUGGUGUCCUGUCUGAUGGUCGACUCGCGCCGAGACGAGCUGCAGUGUGGGGUAGCCGAGAGCGUCCUCCUGUCCACGCUUGCCGAAGUGCUACACCAGUGCAGCUUGCCCCCGGGUCAGAGCAGUGUGGGCGUCCUUGACCCCACGUCGUUCAGACAGGCUGCCUCGACACUGAACAGCAGUCUGUUCGCACCGAUGGGUAAGCUGCAGGAUCAGCAGGAUGCGGCCGAGUUCCUCAUGUGGUUGCUAGACAAAGUGCACACCGUGCUCAAUAACAACAAAAAAGCAAGGCAAAAUGAUAAGGUUUCUCGGCAGCGAGGAGAGGAGGGGUUUCCCACAUCCACAUUUUCAGUUUUAAAGUUUAUCUAUGGCGAUCUCAAUCACACACACCUUAAGGAUCUAAAAGAUGCCUGCAGGAAAGAGAUUAAAAGUGCUAAUGGGCUGGAGAAUGAUUCUUAUGCGGAGCCAAUUCAGAGGCUUUCUGAUUUGGAGUGGUUAACUCACAAACAGAACAAUGAAUCGAUAAUCGACGACCUCUUCACUGGGCAGCUUGUCGAGGCCUACCACUGCCUCUCCAACAACAAUAUAUCGGUGAACCUGCAGGCAUUCAACGUUCUGCCCGUGCCGAUAGCGGCCCCUCGAGAGCUGUCCGGUGUGGGGUACCUCGAGGACUGCUUCACGACGUUCUGCCACAUAGAGCACGUCUUCGGACACAACGGAAUCCUCAGGGAUCAGGCGGAAGACACUGCCACUGUGAACAAGAAACGAAAAAGGACUAUCAAUCCCGUUGACCAGAGCACCCCGAAAAUGCGCAUGUUGACGAGAUCGUCAAAAUCUUCGUUGACGGCCGACACCACCUUACUGAACCAGUUCAUGUCUCCGAUACCCAGUGCACCGGACAUAGACGACAGUGGGUUUCACGAUCACCUGUUCAAAACGUCGACACCGGUACUCGACGCGACGACCACGGGGGUCGGGAACAUUGUCAAUCGGCAGCAAGGAGAGAUUGAGCGAAGGUGCCUUCUGAGACAAUUGCCUGAGUGUCUGAUUAUUCAGCUGAUGAGGUUUUCCUUCAACCAGCAGGUGGGGAAGACGAGGAAGAUCAAGAACCCGGUAAGCAUCCGCUUGAAGGGCCUCGACUUGACGCACAUCAUCUACGACUCGGUCACACAGAGGGAGGACCUGACGGCAGCUAGUCACACCUAUGAUCUCUACAGCCUGUGCGUCCACCUGGGAGCCGAGAGCAUGCACAACGGGCACUAUGUGUCCUACGCUUUGCAUGGCGACGGCAACUGGUACAGGUUUGACGAUGAAAAGGUUGCACAGGUGAACAUGGAUUAUGAAGUGACAACCAAAGAACUGAGGGAAAACGCCUACAUACUUUUUUACAAGAGGGCUUGAAAAGAAACGAGAAUUGUGAUGUGAUUAGGAGUUCUCCAUAUUUGGUGCAGUCUUGUUGCUUGUAGAAUGUUUGGUUGUCAGUGAUUGAUGGACUGGGAAGAGAAGUGUAGGAAAUAUUGCAGGUCUAGCUCUGGCACUCCCCAAAUUCACCAAUUGCGAAUUUUAUUUUAAUUUGCAAACUAAUUUCAUGUAAUAAUUGAUUUUUUUUUAUUGAUUUUUUUUUAUUACUGUCGAUUUUGAAGUUUAAUAGACAAUUUGGCCAAAUAUUUUGCUCACCCAGAGCUAGUCCUGUAUUGGAACCAGUGAUAUUCUACAAUCCACUUACUUGCUAGUCCAGCAGUGGGUUUUUUUUAUACAUGACCCACUAAAUUUUAUUUUACAUGUAGUUGUACUAAUUACGUUUGGGCUAGUAAAAUACAGAAUCACCCGAGCCAGCUUAAAACAAAAUCACUGUAACCUGACAAACUGGAUAAAACCACCCAACUCGGUUUUCGUCAAAAUGCCUUUCUGUUUUAUUUUAUUUUUGUUAUAUAAUGGGCUUUUGAAAUUUGAGUUUUGGAGGGAUGGGGGGGUAGGGUUCAGUUCUUACUGAACACCCUGCUGGUGUAAUGGGGAGUUCGGUAACAUGAAAUAGUAAAGAAUUAUUGCCCAGUUCACAAAAGAUAUGUUUUCAUUUACUACUACUAGAUAAUGAUGUAAAACCACCACUGCAGAACCCUCUUGUAAAACCAAAAAAACCUUAACUCAUUUAUCACCAUUACGUUAUUAUGCAUGUAGGCCUGUUUAGUAGGCCUACAUUGUAAACUGUUCCCUUGUUCUAAAAACAACUUGUUGAAUUUUAGUUUGCAGAUCCAUUGAAAUGACUUCAGGAUCUUAAUUUGUUGCAUUACCGCUACAUUGUAGAUGACCAAAGAUAUAUUUGUGUUGCUGUUUUAGUGGUAUUGUCAGUGUACAUCAAUGGAGUAAUUAUUUAAUAUUGAAAGUCUAAAACAAUUAAUUAAUUAUCCAGUAAAACUAAUGAUGAAGUGUACCACGUUAUGUACGAUUACAUAAAUGUACUCUAAGAGUGUAUAGUUUGGUAACGGUACUGUUAUAGGGUGUGUAAAGAUCACUAUUAGUAGAUCGAUUACUAUUUUGGGUGUUUCAUUACUUUUGUUCUGAGUGAGAUUAAAACAUGAGGUGCAUUAUGCCAAGAGUAGGUUUCAGAAAAUACACCAGUAUAACUAUAAGCUCUCUCAGAAUCCAAAACAAACAAUGUAGUGUUUGAUUUAAGCUCGACACAUUUCAUUCAUUCUCAUGUUAAUGUUAAAAACUAGUGAGUCCAUGAAAAGUAACACCGACAAUGACUUUAUUUUUAGCCUACUGCAGUGGCCACAUGCUAAUCUGUCUUGUUCAGACAUCCAUCAACGGCCGUGGUAUGUGCUAUACUUUCUGGAAUGGUGCAUAUAAAAGAUCCCUUGCUACUAAUGGAAAAAUCUAGCAGGUUUCCACUCUUAAAACUGUUAGUUGCCAAAUGUUUGACAUCCAAUGGCUGAUGAUAAAUAAAUCAAUGUGAUCUAGUGGUAUCGUAAAACAAAAAACAACUGGGUUUUUUUGGUUCAGACAUGUUGAAUCGAUGAUCGUCAGGCUUUGGUCAUAAAGGCCUAGCAGUCUGGCAGUGGUUUGGCUUAGUACCACAUUGGUUGUGACGUUCAGCGUUUAUCCCAAUAACCAGCUGCUGACCCACUUAACCUUGUCAUUUUCAAAACAUCUUUAUGAAAAUCCUGUUUUGUAUCUUUGUUGGCUCUUACAAGUACAUGUACCUGUAAAACACUCUUUCAAUGCAGCCCACUACAUUUCAACAAUUUUUUAAAAAAUUUUUGGUGACUACAAUAUUUUAUAUUACCUACAUGAAUAUACGAAAUAACAGUAGGCACCAUCAGGCUCCUAGACGUUAAAGUUAACACAGCAGGGCCGUAGCUAGCAGGGUGGGGACGGUGAUUAUAGAAACAUAAAAAAAAUUAUCUUCUUAACCAUUUAAGGAGUUUUAGACUAUUAACUACUCAGUUGCCCCCCAUUUUUUUUUUAAAUCCUAGCUACGGCUCUGCAUAGAGGGCUGAUAUGUCAGUCGGAAAAGAAAAUGCCUAUUGAAAUCAGUUUUUGGCUUGCUUUCAAAGUUAAUAAAAAUUCAGUAUAUGCUUAGGUGUCUGAUACUUUCAUGGUUGUGACAAAAUGAAGAAUACAUGCAUGUCAAAACAUAACGGCAGUUUUUAGUGAUGAAGUGUACCACGUUAAGUACGAUUACAUAAAUGUACUCUAAGAGUAUAGUUUGGUAACAGUACUGUUAUUGGGUGUGUAAAGAUCACUAUUAGUAGAUCGAUUACUAUUUUGGGUGUUUCAUUACUUUUGUUCUGAAUAGCGCACAGAGACGGAAAUGAAAAUGUGAUGAAUUUUUCUUUUUUAUGAAAACUGAUGAUCAUCAAUAUCGAAGCAGCUGAACACGUCAACCAUUUGUUAAUGUUUUUAAUGAGUCGUCACAUGAUCUGUCCUAAUUUGUUUUACUUGCUAAUUCCACUUUGAAUUGUGUCGCAUAGGGAAACAUUGUUUUUGCAGUUGAAAAAUACUCACUCUUUGGAAAUGUUUUCUUCAACUAAAAUCACUGUAUGAUUGUCUAAUGUCGAUCAAUUUACACCUUUAUGUGAAAUUUCAUGAAUGUACAUGGUAGGAUGUUGGAGAAAUUUGAAAAUAAAUAAUGCUUCUUUGAA